AUCAUGAUUAGAAUUGAUGAUCGGGCUCGCUGAUUUCAUUGUCUGGUCCCGGACCGGAGAGGACCCGGAGCGGCCCUGGUCAUCCCCCACGCCCGGGGAGGGGGAUCUUGGAAUUUUGUCGGCAAAACUAUAAACAUUCUACAAUGGAGGGAACAGUGGCGCCAAACGUUGGAGAAGUAACGUCAACAGGUUCUCAGGGAUACCAGCCAGAGAUGAAUCUUCGUUCUGUUUUUACUGCAGAACAACAGAGAAUAUUGCAGAGAUAUUAUGAAAAUGGUAUGACCAAUCAAAGUAAGAGUUGUUUUCAGCUCAUAUUACAAUGUGCGCAAGAAACCAAGCUGGACUUCAGUGUAGUCCGGACUUGGGUUGGAAACAAAAGGCGAAAAAUGAGCAGUAAAAACUAUACAGAUUCUGGAGCUGCAACACAAGGGUCAUUGUCCAGCUCUCCCUCACGUCCCCCUGAUGGACCCGUCAGGAGUAUACCAAAUGUAAACAGAAGCCAACCUCCUCGGACUUCAAAUAGUGACCUGAUCAUGACCUGUGUCUACAGUCCUAAUAAUUCUUCAGUUCGACAAGGGUCCACACCACAAGCCACAGCUCCCAAGUCUGACGUUUUAAAGCCCGCCUUGCAGAGGCCAACCUCAAGGAGUGACACAGAGUAUUUGAAACUUCAGAGUCCUGUCCAGCGCCAUGCAGUGCCCCUUUCAAAAAGUUCCUUGCAGCAACUUGAUGAUAAAACUGUUAUGCUAUCCCGACAGCCAAGUGUAGCAAAUCCUCCAAACGCCCUGUACACCAAGAAGAACUUUGGUGGUGCUUCUGGUCAAAUACUAGAAAGGACAGCUCCUCAUAAACCAAUGACCUGGACUUUAAAAAGUGUAGCAGAACCUCCGGGUGUCCAAAGGAUACAUAAGCCAGAACAACCAAUUGCAAGCCCAGUUUCACAUGGUUCUGUGCUGCAGCGGAGCAGAGAUUCUUCAUGUGGCUUAAAAAAUCUGGAAAUAAGGGAAGUUUUCUCAUUGGCUGCUUCUGACCACCCUUCCAGGACUCUUGGAGCAUGUGUGGUGGAGAGACCCAGGGUGGUAGAAAGCAAUUGUUUUUCUAUUGCUAUGGAAACAGGAGAUGUUAACGAUGAGUAUGCUCGGGAGGAAGAACUGGCAUCGAUGGGUGCACAAAACCAAGCUUCUUCAAGGUUUAGAGAAAUGAACAAUUCCCCUCACAUGGAGACCAGAAGCACGUUAUCUCCAGUACCAGUAAAGGCAGGAAAUUGUAAGACUCUUCCAGCCAACACAAGAGACUUACCAGAAAAUGUACUGUAUCAGAACAGAGACUACUAUAUGUCACAUAAUACCUCAACACACAACACAACCAGUACACAAUACACGGGUGGUAAUGCCCCAAGGAACAAUAUACAUCCACAUUACACAGUACCCUCUCAACCAAGACUGUCACAGAACCAAAACAACUACCAGAUAUCAGGAAACCUCAGUGUGCCUUGGAUUACUGAGUGCUCUAGAAAAAGAACACUCCAGGACCGCACCCAGUUCAGCGACCGUGACCUGGCGAUAUUGAAAAAGUACUGGGACAACGGAAUGACUAGCCUUGGUUCAGUUUGCCGAGAAAAAAUUGAGGCAGUGGCUCUAGAAUUAAUAGUUGACUGUGAAAUAGUACGGACGUGGAUAGGAAACCGAAGAAGGAAAUACCGAUUGAUGGGGAUUGAGGUCCCACCUCCAAGAGGUGGCCCUGCUUCUUUCUCCGAUCAGCAUGAUUCGGGAUCAGUAUUAACUCCAGGAGAUGAUCCAGUUGCAGAAGUCAUUGAAGAUAAUGAUCGGAAUGAUGACAUUUCCAUUUGCCUCUCAGAGGAAAGCUCCCAAGCAGAUGAAAUGACGGAGACAGGACGGAAUGAUGACAUCAUUAUCAAACAAGACAGUCCAGAUGUUUUCGCUGUUGAGAAUGUGAAGGUAGAAGUGCUCGACGAGGAACUGGAUGAUUCCAUGAACAAAUAUGACAUUGACCAGAUGCGCUCUCUCUUGGAUUACAAGAAUGAAGAAAUGCGAUAUAUGGAGAAUGAACUGGAAACGCUAAAGCAUAAAUAUGCAGAGCUGCAAGCGUUCACAAGGAAUCUAAUCCACGCUGUGAAAACCAACAACAAAGAUCAACAACAGAUUCUUCUCACAGAGCCACCCCAUGAAUUUGAGGACAUGGAUUAUGAUCACACAUCUCCAGAUCCCGACGAUACCUCAUACAGCAUGUCCUCUGUCUCAGAAAAAAACAACCCAGACAGCGUAUAGAAGCAUCACUCAUAUCCCGUGGACUCCACAAAUUGUUCCAAUGUCCUGUGCCACUCUAAUACAUGUUUGUUCUUUGUAAGACAGAAUGACCAACUAAUGGACUAACAAAAUCUUAACUUAUUUUAAGUGAAAAUAGAAUAUAUUUUGCAUCCUCGAAAAAAA